AUGCCCCGCGUGUACAAGAGAGUGCCCGGUUCACGGGCAUACCGAGAUUACGAGGACGACAACCUCCAGAAAUGUCUCAAGGCGAUCGCAAGAGGAAUGACGCACCGGGAGGCUUCCGAGGCUUACGGAAUUCCAAAAAGCACAAUCGGAAAUAAGCUCUACACAGACCGGAACAAGGACGUCGGCGGCCAGCGCGUUUUCACGGAUGAAGAGGAGCGUGCAUUCGUGAGAUGCUUGGUCACAAUGGCGGAAUUCGGAUUUCCGGUUAACGAGGAUGACCUCCGUUAUGUUGUGAAGCACUACCUCACGAAAGUGGGACGGAACGUAGAGCGCUUCCAAGAGAACUUUCCUGGACGCGAUUGGACGAAGUCCUUCCUGAGUCGUCAUCCGGAUCUUUCCGUGAGAUUUGUGGCCAACAUAAAGAAAAGCCGGGCUAAAAUCACUGCGGAGAUUUUGACGGAGUAUAUAAACAACCUUCUGGAAGUGGCCGUUGGAGUACCCCCAGAAAAUUUCUGGAACUUCGAUGAAUCAAACGUGACGGACGACCCAGGCAGCAGGAAGUGCAUUGUGAAGCGCGGUGUCAAGUAUCCCGCGAAUAUAAUGGACACGUCCAAGAGCAGUAUUUCCAUUAUGAUGGCCGGAAGUGCAGCGGGUGAGGUUUUGCCUCCCUACGUGGUGUACAAAUACAACAACUCUACAAGUGGCUGGUUCGACACCGCCAUUUUUGAGGACUGGUUCGAGUUCCAUUUGCUGCCGACCUUGAAGAAGCGCAGUGGUAAGAAGGUCGUGAUCGGUGACAACGUCAGCUCGCACUUUUCGCCGCGUGUGCUGGAACUCUGCCAGAUGCACAACAUUUGUUUUGUGUGCCUCCCACCGAACUCAACGCACAUCACCCAGCCCCUCGACGUGGCCUUCUUCGGGCCAAUGAAGAAGCACUGGAGACAGAUUCUGCGUUCCUACAAGGAGAAGAGUUCGAACUCUGCGACAAGUCUACAAAAACCACAUUUCCCUGGAUUGCUCAACCAGUUGAUGGAGGCCAUCAAACCGAACCAGAAGCACAACAUGAAGGCGGGUUUCAAAAAAUGCGGCAUCUUUCCGACCUCGGUUGAACCUCUACUUAAGAGCGUUUCCUGUGUGCCAAGCUCGCCGGAUCUAAUCGAAGAUAGCUUCAAGGAUUUCUUGAACGCGAAACGCACUGCUGUUGUUGGGGGUGCCCCUACUAAACGUCGGAAGAAGUUCGACAUUCCCGCGGGAACAAGCGUCACUGCUGAAGAUUUGGCCAGGAUCUCAAAUCAAGAAAAUGGACAACGAAAGAAACCGACGGAGAAACCUCCGAAGAAACCGGCUGUAAAACCGACCAAGAAGCCGGUAACUCGACGGGUGCUCAAGGAAAACUAA